UGCCAGGUUACUAAGUUAGUGAAGGAAAAUGGCAGAUCUGGAAGACGUCUUGUAAACAAAGCUGAAAUAAAAGUAAAGCAGAACAAAUAGCAUGAAGUUGGUGUUGCAGUCUGGUUAUGACUGAAGAUUAUUAUGUCUCGGAAAAAACGUAGGAAUAAAGGGCAACGUUCUGGAAAGCUUCAGAAAGCCCUGUGUAACAACGAUGUGAAUGGAAGAGAUCCAGUGGUUGAAGACUUUGUUAAUGCCAAACAUGCAAAGGAAGCACUCAAGCGAGUGUCAAAAGGAUUUUCAUCAAGUGCAACAGCAAUAGUUACAGAAGCAGAAAAAGAAAACAUGAUCCCCUGGUAUGACAGAACUGACUUUGAUUCACUGUCUGAUGAAGAGGAUGAGAAGUCAUCAAUUGGUAUCCAUGAACAACAAUCCACAUCAACUUCCAGAUCACAAAGAUCAAAGAGGAAAACAAAGAAGGAUACUCCACACACAGAGUGUAACAAGAAUGGUUUGUUAUAUCCACUCGAUAUAUGGUGUUUGCUAGCACAGUAUAUUGAUCCUGAACAUGUGCAAAAGUUUGCAUUGAUCUGUAGAGGAGCAAGGCAAGCCACAAACACAAGGAUGUUUUGGUGUAGAAUCUAUAAAUGUUACAUUAGUAGGCCAAACAAGCUACCUGAACGACUACAACCACAUAGAAUAGAGUGUCGCCCCGGACUACGUGCAAGGAUUAUAAGAGCUCUUUUCCAUGGCUAUGAGCCAUUUAGGACUCGUGUUGUGUCUCAUAAUAACUUAAAGGAUCCAGACGUGUUGGAAGGUCACAUGUGCAUAUCAAUGUGGUACAAGCAGGCCUUGUGCAAGAAGCAAACUAAGAAAAUCUGGGCGUUUUAUUUCAAGUUUUCUCAGAAAACAGCUGGCAUGAAAAGUAAACCUCGUUAUUUCUCCAAAGAAUGGUUGGCACAAGUUGAUGACUUGAAUUACAAUCCUGAAGAUGGACACUCCAUUCUUCAAAUAAAUUGUGUUAAUUACCUGCCUGUUUCUCCUGUGCAAGGUCAUGUAUUGACAAAAGCUUCCAUUGGUGUUAGUCGUGACAUGAAGUAUAACAGCAUUAAGUUAAUUUUUCAUUCACCUCGUAGUGAUGGCCGAUAUAGAAAGGAAGAGGGAAACAGUGUUAUCCUUGAGCCAGCAUAUGAUGCUAAAGUAAUUAAUUGGUGGAGUCCACUUUAUCCUCACUGUGAGGAUGCAUUGUAGAGUACAAAACCACUAAGAGUGACUAGCAGCUAAUUUCUCUUUGCAGUGAUACUGUUGAAUCAUUUAUAAAAAUUAUCAGAAUAAAGGUAAUAAUUGCCAACCUAGGAGCUUUGAUUUUUAAAUGACUCUCCUUGGCUAGCACCAAAGGAAAUGUAUAGAGAAGAGUAUGGAGAAUUUGGGUACUGAUGUUAGGGUGUAAAGGGUUAACCCUUUAACCAUUAAGAAUGAUUGCAUCUCAUUUCUCCUUACAGUAUCACUAUUGAAUCAAACAUUAAGGUCAUGAGAAUAAAGGAGAUGAUCACACACCAGAGAAGCUCUUAAGUAUUGAACAAAUUCUCCUUGUCAGUACCAUUGGAAAUGUGUAGGGAACAGUGUGGAGAAUAUGCACACCAAUCUUAAGGUGUGAAGGGUAAAUGAUUAAUACGUCAUAGUCUAGGUUUACUACAAAGUAUAAUCAAUUCAUUGCGAAGACCAUGUCAAUAAUAGCCAUUGUAAUCAAUAAAACAUCAUCUGCAAUA